GUAUAAUGCGAUAUCUGAUGCACUUCAAUAAUUGCAGAUGCCGGCAGAUAAGGUUCUGCACCAACUUUGUUUUGCUGGCUCCUCGGCCCUCAGCUCUUCCUCCUCCUCCUCCUCGACUUCUUAUCGCCAACUUCCUCCAUUCGCCCUCUCAGAUCCCCAGAAAUGGCCCCGAAACGAUCCUCUGCCGCCAGCUCGCCCACAAAAUCUCAUAAAAAGAAGGCUCAUCCCCAGCACGACUCCCACAGUUCAAAUGGCAGCCCCGCCGCUCCCGCCGCUGACUUGAUCAGCGAAAAAGAGAAAAAGAAGCAAAACUUCAUCGUUCGUACGAUAUGGACGGUGGUGAUGAUCCUUGGAUUCUUCGGCCUCCUCGCCGCUGGCCACGGCUACAUCAUGCUCCUCGUCACCGCCAUCCAGAUCCUGACCUACAAGGAAGUUAUCGCUCUCGCAAACGAGCCGGCUCGCGAGAAGAAGCUGCCGUACGGAAAGACAAUCAAUUGGUACUUCUUGGCCACCACGAUCUACUUCCUGUACGGAGAAAGCGUCAUCCAUUACUUCCAGGAAGUCGUCCUCGUCGAUUCCUAUCUCUUGCCGCUUGCCACUCAUCAUCGCUUCAUCUCUUAUAUGCUCUACAUUAUUGGCUUCAUGAUCUUCGUCUCCUCGCUCGAGAAAGGCCACUACAAAUUCCAAUUCGCCCAAUUCGCAUUCACCCACGUCACCCUCCUCCUCGUCGUCGUCCAGGCUCAAUUCAUCAUGAACAACAUCUUCUCCGGCCUCUUUUGGUUCUUCUUACCCGCCUCGCUCGUCAUCAUCAACGACAUCUGCGCCUACCUCUGCGGCAUAACCUUCGGCCGCACCCCGCUCAUCAAGAUCUCGCCCAAGAAAACCGUCGAGGGCUUCAUCGGCGCUUGGAUCUCGACAAUCAUCUUUGGAAUGAUCCUCAGCCACUUCCUCUGCAAGUGGAAGUACAUGAUCUGCCCCAUCACCGAUUUCUCCGCAAACGCCUUCACCGGCCUCGACUGUGAGCCAAACCCGGUCUUUCUCCUGCAGACCUUCAAAGUGCCCUCCGCCCUCGUUCCUCUCAUCGGACGGGCGACGUUUGAGUUUGCUCCGAUCCACUUCCAUGUCAUGGUCAUGGCCAGCUUCGCGUCCCUCAUCGCUCCGUUCGGCGGCUUCUUUGCAUCUGGAUUGAAACGUACGUUCAAGAUCAAGGACUUUGGCGACACGAUCCCCGGACAUGGCGGAAUUACCGACCGCAUGGAUUGUCAGUUUUUGAUGGGCUUUUUCUCGUACAUGUACUACGAUAGUUUUAUUGCCACCCACCACAUGCGGGUAGGCAACGUGCUCGAGACAGCGAUCCACAGCCUGACAGUUGCCGAGCAGCUUCAGCUGGUCUCAUCGCUGCACAAGUAUCUGCACAACCAAGGCAUAAUCUCGAACGAGACCUACGAAUGUCUUGGAAAGGCGCUCCCAUAAACUCACACCAACACACUGCAAAAAGGGAUUUACUGUAACAAAAUAUGUCGAGAAUAAUGUGAUCUGCUUGUGUUUUUGCACACAACAGCGAUUUUUGUAUGAAUAAUAAAACAGUCUUCUUAAUCGUCGUAAUCAGCAAUCGUCAUAGUCAAAGCAAGUAGGUGGCGGUAAUCACGUGAUUGUGAGCCACCUCGCCUCAAUCUUUCAAUCUUCCAAGGCGGACUAAAC